CUUCUAUUGGAGAGAAAGAAAGAAAAUAUGCUUAUAAUGCCUAAGAAGAAAGUAAAAACAAACUUCAUUCUUCUCACUUGUCCCGUUUCGUCUUCCUCCACUUCCGUGCGAGCCCACGCCUUAGAUGUCCAUGGCGACGAAGCAAGCGACCCUGCCCAGGUCGGGAGCUUUCUCAAAGGGCUACAACUUCGCGUACGCGUGGGAGAAGAACGCGCCGGUCACAGAGGAGCAGAAUGCCGCGAUCUCCGCGCUCUCGCACGCUGUGGCAGAGCGGCCGUUCCCGGUCAAUCUGGGUUAGGCUAAAAUUGAUCGGGCUGUUAUAUCAGGAAGAUGGAGGUACGGCCGUGCCAGAAAAAGAGUCUGCUUUGGAGGAGGCGGGUGCAAUGGAUGCUGUCUUGGUGAAUACACAUCAGUUUUACAAAUGGUUUGCUGAACUGGAAUCAGCUAUGAAAUCUGAGACUGAGGAAAAGUAUCGCCUCUACGAGAGUACAUUAGAGGAACGUGUUAACACAUGUGAUGACAUCCUUCAACAAGUGGAUGGCACACAGAACUUAUUUGAAGAACUACAAUCCUUGCACUCAAGUGUUGCCAUAAAGACACAAACUUUGCAUGAUGCUUGCGACCAACUUUUGGUGGAGAAACAAAGGCUCAUUGGGUUCGCUGAAGCACUCCGAAGUAGGUUAAACUACUUUGAUGAAUUGGAAAAUGCCUCUACUAGCUUUUAUUCUCAGACUAUGAACAUUGGAAAUGAACAGUUUCUCCCACUGUUGAAAAGACUUGAUGAUUGUAUCUUAUAUGUUGAAAAUAAUCCACUGUAUGCUGAAUCUGCUGUUUACUUGGUCAAGUUUCGCCAACUUCAGUCUCGGGCAUUAGGUAUGAUCCGGUCACAUGUCUUGUCGACACUGAAAGCCGCUUCAUCCCAGCAGGUUCAAGCCGCAAUUCGAGGCAGUGGUUCUGGCAAAAAUGCCGUUACAGAGGGUGUGGAAGCAUCUCUUAUCUAUGUUCGUUUCAAGGCAGCAGCUGGGGAGCUAAAACCGGUUUUCAAUGAGAUUGAAAGUAGAUCCUCUAAGAAAGAGUACGCGCAGGUUCUUUCAGAAUGUCACAGUUUGUUUUGUGAGCAGAGGCUGUACUUGAUACGAGGUAUGGUGCAGCAACGCAUUUCUGAGUUUGCUAAAAAAGAGGCCUUACCUUCUUUUACAAGGUCUGGUUGUGCCUAUUUGAUGGAGGCAUGCCAGUUUGAGCACCAGCUUUUUGCUCACUUCUUCCCAGCAUCCGCAUCAGAUGUUUCAAGUAUGGCUCCUUUAAUGGACCCAUUGUGCACACACUUAUAUGAUACUCUGAGGCCUAGACUGAUAUAUGAAGGCAACAUUGAUUCUCUCUGUGAACUCGUUGACAUUCUGAAGGUCGAAGUGUUGGGCGAACAACUGAGUAGACGUGGUAAAUCAGCAGCUGGACUCCGUCCAAUAUUGCAGAGGAUACUUGCAGAUGUUCUUGAGCGUCUGGCAUUUUGUGCUCGGACUCAUAUUCGUGAGGGGAUUGCAAAUUUUCGCCCUUCUGACGAAGAUCUGGAUUAUCCUGGAAAACUUGAGAGAUCUACAAUUUCAAGUGCUAAUGUUAGUGACAACUCAGACAUGUAUGCGACAUGGUACAGACCACUGGAGAAAACAGUUUCUUGCCUGUCAAAGCUAUAUCACUGCUUGGAAUCUUCGGUUUUUACUGGAUUAGCCCUUGAAGCCAUAGAAGUUUGCUCAGCAUCCCUUCAGAGUGCAAGCAAGGUCAUUGCAAAAAGAGCAACCCCAAUGGAUGGACAGCUUUUCCUAAUUAAGCACCUUCUCAUUUUAAGGGAACAGAUUGCACCAUUUGAGAUUGAGUUCUCAGUCACACACAAGGAGCUGGAUUUCUCCCAUUUGCUGGAUCACUUAAGAAGGAUUCUCAGGGGCCAGGUCUCAUUAUUUGACUGGUCAAGGUCAACAUCACUUGCUAGGACCUUUUCUCCCCGCAUUUUGGAGAAUCAAAUUGACGCCAGAAAAGAACUGGAGAAAGGCCUUAAAUCUACUUGUGAAGAGUUUAUAAUGUCCAUCACUAAACUAGUAGUGGACCCAAUGCUUUCUUUUGUUACUAAGGUAACUGCUGUCAAAGUUGCACUGUCCUCAGGUAGCCAGGGCCAGAAUUUGGAUUCUGUUCUAGCAAAACCCCUUAAGACACAAGCAUUUGCUUCAUCCGAUAAAGUUGCAGAGCUGGUUCAAAAGGUUGGGACUGCUAUUCAACAAGAUCUGCCCAAAGCAAUGACCAAGUUGAUGUUGUAUUUGCAAAAUCCGUCGACAAGAUUAAUUAUAUUCAAACCCAUCAAGUCGAAUAUAGUUGAGGCUCAUAUACAGCUACAGUCCCUUCUGAACUCAGAAUACUCGGCUGAAGAAAUUCAGUCUAUUGGUAUGCUGUCUAUAUCUGAUCUGCAAUCUCAGCUCGACAGUCUUCUGUAGCCCAUACAUUUUCAUCUGUUUUGUUAUGGUUUGUCCUCUGAGUCUUAGUGAAGAAGUGCACUCGAUUGUUCAACUAGAGUGAUGUUAUUUUUAAUCCUGUGAUCAAAUUUACACACACUUUGAUAUGACAUCAAUCAUGGUGGAUGGCUAAUACAAGAUUGUUGCUAAUGGGUUAGCAUAUCGGAUUGAUUA